CCCUGUGGGUCUGUGUGAUCAGAUCAGUAUCGAUCCCUGAGUGCUCGUGGGACCUUAAAGGGUUCAGGACUCAGCCGGUCUAAGCGGAUCCACAUCAUGCGUCUCUGACUCUUCUGACGGGAGCGCACGGAGCAGGCGCAGUCUUAGGAGCGCGCGUUCUGGAGCGGACCGGACCGGACCUGACCUGCGCCUCCCAGAACCCCGGACCGGAUCUGUGCCCACCCCAGUCCCGGACCCGCGGGUCCCGGUUUUCCAUGAGAGCCUCCCCCCCCCGGGGCGGUGCGUCCCGGACCAUGGAGGACUCCGAGAACGCGUCGGAGCCCGGGAACCAGACAGUGCCGCUGUCCGCGGUGCCGGUCCACAACGUGCCGGCGCUGGUGUUCGGGGUGGUUCUGAUCGUGGUGGUGACCGGCGGGAACGUGCUGGUGUGCGUCAGCGUCUACCUGGAGAAGGCUCUGAAGACCACCACAAACUACUUCAUAGUCAGUCUGGCGUUCGCGGACCUGCUGCUGGCGGUUCUGGUUCUGCCGCUCUUCGUUUACGCAGAGUUUCAGGGUGGGCUGUGGUCUCUGAACAUCGUGGUGUGCGACGGCCUCAUGACCAUGGACGUGAUGCUGUGCACGGCGUCCAUCUUCAACCUGUGCGCCAUCAGCGUGGACAGGUUCAUCGCCGUGUCCAUUCCUCUGAACUACAACCGUAAACACGUGGACCACCGUCAGCUGGUCCUGCUGUCGGCCACGUGGCUGCUGGCGCUCGCCGUGGCCUCGCCUGUUGUCUUCGGCAUCAACAAUGUCCCAGACCGCGACCCCAGCGAGUGUAAGCUGGAGGACAACACCUACGUGGUGUACUCGUCCGUGUGUUCCUUCUUCAUCCCGUGUCCUAUCAUGGUUGUGCUCUACUGCGGCGUGUUCCGCGGCCUGCGGCGCUGGGAGGAGGCGCGUAAGGCCAAACUGCGCAGCAGCAUUGAGGCCUGCAGGAAGCUGCAGCACGCUGCCGUGGCCACCGCCCUGCACCCGCUGGCCAUCCCCACCAUCCCUGGGCCCCUCCUCAUGCCCCUCCCACGUAUCGUCGAGAGGGACCUGGCCCAGCGUCGCCUGGACGACACCGACGACUACCGGCAGCGGGAGGUCCCGUACCCGAGACAGUACCGCGAGAACUCGGUGCCCACGCUGAGCUUCAACCAACAGCAGCUGAGGAAGAAGAGCACCAAGAUCAACAGCCGCGAGAGGAAGGCCAUGAGGGUCCUGCCCGUCGUAGUGGGCUGCUUCCUGUUCUGCUGGACGCCGUUCUUCGUGGUCCACACGACGCGGGCGGUGUGCGUGGCGUGCGACCUCCCUCCCCACCUCGUCAGCACCGUCACAUGGCUGGGCUACGUCAACAGCGCCCUGAACCCCAUCAUCUACACCAUCUUCAACACAGAGUUCAAAAAGUUCUUCAAGAAGUGUUUCUGGAGCUGCUGCUGACGGUGAGCAGCUGUGGAAGGACGCCAGACGGAGGUCCAUUACCUGACAGAGGUCCAGUACCUGAUGGAGGACCAGUACCUGACGGAGGACCAGUAUCUGACGGAGGACCAGUAUCUGAUUGAGGUCCAAUACCUGAUGGAGUUGUAGUUUUACUGGUUAAAUCCUUCUUUUGUGGGUGGUUUAAAUAACAUCAGAACUGAUCAUAUGAUGGAUCAUAUGACCGACCGUUUCCACUGAUGUUGGUGGUGAAUAAGGUGUUUCCGUCGACUCCAGGUCCAGGAGCCACUGGGUUCUGUUACUGCCCUUUAAGUUGGUGCCAUAUCCAUGUUUCAAGUGUUUGAGGCCUUUAGACCACGCCCCUGUUGUCGUGGUUUCACAGGAUGAAAACUUCACUCAAGGUUACGACAGACUUGGCACCAACACAGAAAUAAGUUAGUUUCCUUGAGGUGGAAAGAACAGGAACAAAGUCUGUUCUGUUCAGUGCAGAACUCUGGGGAGUUGGACCGAGUGGGACCAGACUGGACCGUUCUGUAUUCUGUUCACCUGUUCUCUCUGGUUCCAUUAUUAGAACAGGAACAUAUGGGUUCACUGUCCCUGACCGUGGUGCUGAUGUAGAUCUGCAGUCUGAGGCCUUCAACGGCAGCUCACUGACACCAAUGCCUGCUAAUGCUAAUGCUAAUGCUAGCUACUGUGUGUGUGUAUUAUGGGUAAAAUGCAGAGACUGAAUUUCCCUUCGGGGAUAAUCAAGUGAGUUAACCUUUAACCUUUUUUUUAAACCACGCCCACUUCCAAUUUCUGACCAAUCAAACAAUAGUUGGUCCUACCAGAUGAUGAUGUGUCAAAAACAAACACAGACUGAGGUCAUGGAGCAGAAAACAACCGUCUCUGUUCUUAUGGUUCUACUGUUCAUUCAUAGAACCAGUGAUUUUACACCAAAUGAGUAAAGUCUGUGUUUUGAAUUGACUUUAUUGACCUUAUUCUCUGGUUCCUGUUCUUUAUCAUCUCCUACGUUUACUGGAAUGGACUGAAUAAACCUCAGAGGAAAGAAAAACUAUGGAGAACUCAGCCAAUCACAGACGGACUCAUAGCAUCACGUCUCUUUUCCAUCGUCCAUCUGAGUUAAACUUUCCACAUAUUUCCUAAAUGUGUUCCAAACAGAAGUGUGUAAUGUUGGUUUUUUCCAUUCAAUCCCAAAUGUGCUGAUUAGUU